AAGAGUUUCAUGGUUUAUAUGUAGUUCAGUCCGCCCUGCAGCGCUGACUCUUCAAGAAAUAUUCUGACACCUUAUGAGUGAUGGAUGACAUCUAUGCCAAUGUUGAAUGUGACAAGCCUGUUAACCCAAGACCUUCGACAAAUCAGACAGGUCCCAGGAGCUCCGGGAGGAGGUUUCAUGGAGCUGUUGUUCUGGGUCUGGGGCUGCUGAGCGUUUUCCUGCUGGCUGGGAUCAUCGGCUUCGGGGUCCACAACCAUGGAACAUGUUCCGGUGGAUCAGCUGCAGAGCUCGCCACUAUCAAGGCCAACCUGACUGAGCGUCUCCAGGCCAGUGAGGACAAGUCUUCCUCCCUGACUGAAGAGAGAGACCAGCUGAACUCCAGGCUCACUGAAAUGGCUAAAGAGUUGGACAGGCUUCAACAGAAGAAACCGUGUCCAGCUGAAUGGAGGACGUUCUGUUCUUCCUGUUAUCUCCUCUCUGCUGAGACUGGUUCCUGGGAGAAAGGCAGACAAGACUGCAGAGACAGAGGAGCAGAUCUGGUGGUGAUAGACAGCUCUGAAGAGCAGACGUUUCUCUUUGAAUUCGUCAAAAAAAAUGCUUGGUUUGGUUUGACUGACAGAGAUGAGGAGGGGACCUGGAAAUGGGUAGAUGGAACUCCACUGACUCUGAAGAACUGGGGGAAAGGGCAGCCUGAUAAUGGCGAUCCAGAUCCAAAGUGGGGCGAAGAGGACUGUGCACAUUUUGUCGCCACUGAGUGGAAUGACCUGUCAUGUGAAUCUCCUAUGUACUGGAUCUGUGAGAAAAAAGCUUAACUUUGACAUAUGUUUUGAAAACAUACAUUUGAUAAUGCUUCAUACAGUGUAAGCUAGGAUCUCCAUCAUGAUGAGAUAAUGUGCAUGUGUGCUUGUGUGUCCAUAACAGGGUAUCAGUGACAACAAAAUAUGACUAAUAUGUACAAUGCCUGAUUAAUCUAUAUAUAAUAUAAGCUACAAUGUAACCAUCUCCUCUUCAAUCUAUUGUGUCUCAGCCGGGCGUACAUGGGGACUGUUUUUUGCAAUUAAUAAAUAAUCCUUUAAAAUCAGUGACAAA